AUGAUCAGAUACAAGCUGAAGCACACACACCGUCUUCAACCACUUCUAUUAUUGGUUUUCCUCUUUUUCAACUCCACAUGGGCCAUUGAUUUCGUCUUCAACGGCUUCAACUCCUCUGAAGUGUUGCUCUUUGGCAACGCCACCGUUGAUUCUCGAAUUCUAACACUCACCCAUAAGCAAACUUUCGCCAUCGGUCGUGCCUUGUACAAAGAAAAAAUUCCCACCAAGAAACCAAACUCUUCUUUUGUGUACCCUUUCUCCACCUCUUUCAUCUUUGCCAUGGCACCUUAUGAAGACACUCUUCCAGGGCAUGGCUUGGUUUUCAUCUUUACACCUGUUACGGGCAUCCAAGGCACAAGUUCUGCACAGAACCUUGGUCUGUUUAACCUCACUAAUAACGGAGACUCAAACAACCACGUGCUUGGUGUUGAGUUCGAUGUGUUCAUGAACCAAGAAUUCGAUGACAUCAACGCCAACCAUGUGGGGAUUGACAUAAACUCUCUCAAGUCAUUUGUUUCCAAUGAUUCUGGGUAUUGGCAAGAUGAUGGUGACAAGUCCUUUAAGGAAUUGACGCUUAACAAUGGUGAGAAUUACCAAGUUUGGAUUGACUACGAAGAUUCUUGGAUGAAUGUUACCAUGGCACCGGUGGGUAUGAAAAGACCUAGUAGGCCUUUGCUGAAUGUUUCCCUCAAUUUAUCUCAGGUUUUUGAGGAUGAAAUGUUUGUUGGGUUUACUAGUGCCACUGGUCAAUUAGUUCAGAGUCACAAGAUUUUAGGUUGGAGUUUCAGCAAUGAGAAUGUUUCGUUGAGUGAUGAACUUAUUACUACUGGGUUACCGUCUUUUGUUCUUCCAAAGGAUUCAAUUUUUAAGUCCAAGGGGUUUGUUGCAGGGUUUAGUGUUGGAGUUUUCUUAGUUAUUUGUGUCUUGGUUUUGUUGGCACUGAUUUUGAUUCAGAGGAAGCGUAGGAGAGAAAGGAAGAGGCAGGAAAUGGAAGAUUGGGAGUUGGAGUACUGGCCACACAGAAUGGUGUAUGAAGAAAUUGAGGCAGCAACAAAGGGGUUUUCUGAGGACAAUGUGAUUGGGGUUGGUGGGAAUGGGAAAGUCUACAGGGGUGUUUUAAGAGGAGGGGUGACUAUUGCUGUGAAGCGCAUUUCUCAUGAAAAUGAUGGCGUGCGAGAAUUUCUAGCCGAAGUUUCAAGCCUUGGGAGACUGAAACAAAGGAAUUUGGUGGGGUUGAGAGGUUGGUGCAAGAAAGAUGUUGGGAGUUUCUUGUUAGUCUAUGACUACAUGGAAAACGGUAGCUUGGACAAGAGGGUGUUUGAUUGUGAUGAGAGCAAGAUGUUAAGUUAUGAAGAUAGGAUAAGGAUUGUGAAAGAUGUGGCUUUUGCAGUUUUGUACUUGCACGAGGGGUGGGAAGCUAAGGUUGUGCAUAGGGACAUCAAGGCCAGCAAUGUUUUACUUGAUAAAGAUAUGAAUGGAAGGCUUGGGGAUUUUGGGUUAGCCAGAAUGCACAGCCACGGUCAAGUUGCAAGCACCACAAAAUUGGUUGGAACAGUGGGGUACAUGGCUCCUGAAGUGUUCAAGACUGGAAGAGCUUCCACUCAGACAGAUGUCUACAUGUUUGGUAUCUUGAUUUUAGAGGUCUUUUGUGGAAGGAGACCUCUAGAAGAGGGUAAGCCACCUUUGGUGGAGUGGGUUUGGCAACUAAUGGAACAAGGGCAAAUUGUUUUUGCACUUGAUGAAAGACUAAGGGCUAAGGGAGGGUUCAGUGAGCAAGAAAUGGAGAGGGUAAUGCACUUGGGUUUGUUGUGUGCCUACCCUGAACCAAAGGCCAGGCCCACAAUGAGACAAGUGGUGAAUGUUCUGGAGGGGAAGAACGAGGUUGAUGAUUCUGAAAUUGAGAAUAUGGAUAGUUAUUUGCUCCAACAGUUGAAAUCAAGGGAUAUACUGUCUGAGUAUUCCCAAUAUUUUAGCUAUGCCUCACACCCAACUUUUCAACAGAUUCGUCACUCUUCCUCAAUGUCUCUUACUUGGUCCAAAUCUGUCGUCGAGGGUAGGUGA